UCCCUCUUUUGUAGUUCUUGUGAUGAGAUUUGCCUUUCCUAAAUACUUGAGGGAGGGUGAUCAUCUUUCUUUCCAGGGUGCGGCUGGUCCGUUAAAACAGGAGUGAAGUCAUGGAUGUGGACAAGUACAGGAAGAGGUUCCAGAGUGAAGUCACCUGUUGCGUCUGCCUCAGUUACUUUACUCGUCCAGUAGAACUGGGCUGCGGGCACAACUUCUGCAAAACCUGCAUCUUGAGGUGCUGGGAGGAGUCUGGUGAGAGAACCAGGUGCCCCGAGUGCAGAACGGUUGUAGAAAAGGACUUCAGGCAAAACAGGCUUCUCGCAGAUUUGGUUGGAGUCGUCAGUGAGUGGGAUUAUGUUGCAGAGAGAGAUGCUCAAAGGAGGCGCUCGGAUUGUCAGAGGCACCAGAAGACCCUGGACCUCUUUUGCCGGGACGACGAAGCCCCCUUCUGUGGGGAGUGUGACACAUCCCAAGGGCACAGCGGCCACAGGGUGGUUCCUGUGGCAGAAGCCGCCCAAGGCUACAAGGAUCAGCCCUGCAGGUGCCUGGAGACUCUGAAGGAGGAGGAGGCAGAAAACCUGGCGGAUAACAGAACAGAAAAGAACAGUCACCGCCUGCUUGAGAGACUAAUGUCUGAUAGGCAGAAGAUGAAGGGUGAGUUUAGGCAGCUACAUUCGUUUCUGGAUGAACAGGAAUACCAACUGCUGAAGCAGCUGGAAGAGGUGGAGGAUGAGAUUGCGAGGAAACUCAUGCAGGAUCAUGGAAGCACUGUCGCAGAGGUAAGCAGAUCCCUCUUCUUUUCCUUUGCGCUUUGCGGUUUGGUGAAGGAUGUGGACUGCAGGAAAAACACCCGUUGUUCCCAAGGGGACAGUGUGGGUCUUUGUGACUUCCAACUUUUAACAAAUCAUUAG